ACCUUACCUAAAUUCACGAUCGUCAAUGUAUCGAUUGACGUUGUGUACUGGAGGAAUGGUGUCUUAAGUUUUCAGUCGUUGCCUUUGUUGCCGGGAAAAUGUUAAUUUCACGGGGCAUUCAUAUUCUUAAAACUGCACGUUUCUUAAAUACUAAGAAACAUGUAGCUACCAAUUUGAAUCAGUUCCGAAAUUCAUACGUCUAUCGAGGAAACUUCGAACCACCCGCACUGAAUGUCGUAGUGAUGACAGAAGUCGUAGGUGGAAUGUUUUAUUGGUGGGUUUUAUGGAAUUUAUGGCACGAUUGGAGAUCUGUUGUUUUUGGUCAUAUAUCGAUUCCAGACGUAAACGAGUUUAAGGAUGAGUCAUUGGGACUUCCACCGGAAGAAUGAGUGAUGGGUAGAUUAUUUUUAUAGUAGUAUCUUACAAUCUUAAUUUAAAUAUGAAGUUAUCGGAACAUUCUGGAAAAUUUACAGUAUUCUGUCAUAUACAGAUAUAACGGAUCAUGAUUAACUUCUUUGUACAAUAUUGUUUCCCAAAAUAAAUUGUUUCAAAAAUUU